UGGCCUAAUGUCAACAUAAGGAAUCAUAUUGAUGGUUUUUUCCUUGCUUAGCUGGAUAAAUGUCGGCUUGAUCUUAUCAAACGAUAAAGUAUUCUUGGAUACUGUUUGGUCUUAUAUGGAUGUGCAAUUUUGUGAAAAGUUAGUUAGAUUUUUUCAUACUUCUCAAAUUAGGACAGUUUUGGAUUAUAUGAUCUCCUUCUCAGAGGCUUGUGUGUUUGCUUUUCUUAUUUGAAGAAGGUGGUUCUUGAAUCUUUCUAGUUUGUACUUGUGUGUUUGUUGCAAAUUCAUAUAGUUAGUAGAGAGAGGAUAGGUUGUAGAAAACUAUAUGAAAUGCUUUGGUUUAAGAAAUUUAAUUUGUGGUGAAGUUUGUGGAGAGUGAUGUCUAUUGCAUGAUAGAACUGUUUGUUUCUUCAUGAUUUUCUUUGAAUUUCUGUGUAAUCUUUGAGUUUUGGAAUGUGAUGUGUUAGUAUGUUCGAUCUCCGUAUUCGUGUCUUUGUUCUGUUUGUAUCAGAUUUGGAGUUGAAAGAGAGGAUAGUGUGACGAAAACUUUGUGAAAUGCUCGUGAUUUAAUGUCUUAAGGAUUUCAUAUUUGUGGUGAAGUUUGUGAGGAGUAAUGUCUAUUGCAGGAUAGAACUGUUUUUUUCUUCAGAAUUUUCUUUGAUUUUCUGAGUGAUCUUUGGGUUUUGGAAUAUGGUGUGUUGGUAUGUAUGAAUUUUGUAUUCGUGUGCUUGUUCUGUUUUGAAAUUUGAAUCAAAUUUGGAGUCAGAGGAAGAGAUGGUAGUUUGAAGAAAACUAUUUGGAAUGCUCGUGAUUAUUCGUAUAUUCGUUUUCAUAUAUGUGGUGAAGUUUUUGAUGAAUGUCCAUUGCUGUCUGUAUUGCAGGAUACAACGACUUGUUUCUUCAUGAUUUUCUUUAAAUUUCUGUGUAGUCUUUGAGUUUUGGAAUAUGAUGUGUUAGUAUGUUCGAAUUUUGUAUUCGUGUGUUUGUUCUGUUUGAAACAAAUUUGGAGUCGGAAGAGAGGAUAGUGUGAAGAAAGCUAUGUGAAAUGCUCAUUUCUGUGAAAUUUUGUGCGAUCUUUGAGUUUUUGAAUGUGGUGUGUUAGUAUGUUCGAUUUGAGGGGAUAUUGAGCUUCUUUACGCGCAAUACUAACUUGUGUUGUUUUCAGUUCAAGGUGAGUCGGAGCGACUAUGCAGUGCAGUAGCUACACGCCCGUGUAUUGCCACUCGAGAGAUCUGAAUUCCGGUGCAGGUGGCUAUUCUUGGCACCUGUAUGGAGAAGAAAGAGGCUACAACGACACGAUUUUUGUGCCAUCGUCUGAUCAGUACUUAGGUUAUGACAAGGGAAUGGUGAAACAGAUCAUACAGAAUCACGAAGCCACGUUUAGGUUUCAGGUUCAGGAGCUGCACCGGUUACACGGAAGGCAGAGGGACUUGAUGGAUGAAAUUAGAGUGAGACGGCAUUUACUGUCUCAAACAUCAGAAUCAGUCUAUUCCUCGUCUCAUCCCGGGGUUGGAAUUCCUCAUAAGCCUUCUCCUGCAAUAGACUGGCUUCUCGGAAAUCUUUCACCUCGUGAGUUGUCUGAGCUAACAUCAAGGAACGUGCAAGGGCCUAAACGUUUCGUUGCAGAGAGCUUUCUGAGACCUGCAACUCUACAAUCCGAGUGUGGCAUAAGAAGAAAUAGUAGCGAACGAAGUGGAAUUGUCGACCUUGAUAUUCCCGCUCGUAUGUACCAAGACUAUCAGGUGCAGCAGUUCAAAGCACCCGAGUUGACAUAUCGUACCCCUGAGAAAAUAUCCGACUUCCUGCAUGCUACUCGUCCUGACUUUGGUUCGACUAAAACAUGGGAUUUGUCGAGAUCCAGUUCGGAUAUCAGGAAAACGUAUUGUUUCAUUGAUUUGAACGAGCCCAUACAGCCGGAGUCAUUGCCUACUAGUUCGUCUGAUCCUCUUGGAUCCUUCACUGGUCUCGAUAUUGAUUUGAAUUUGUUACCAUUUGAAGACGAACCGAUUGUACAGAACGGAUGCAGUGACAUUUUCUUGAAAACAGAAGGUUACAUCGACUUGAACAGUGGCGUAGCAGACGAGCACCUGGCUCCAUCGAGCUCCUCGACUCCUGAGCAAAGAUCGUUGAAGGGACCAGUGAGCCCGGAGAACGAGGAGCGUUCGCCUCCAAGAGGAGAAUCCGAAGAUAUUCAGCUGGAAACAUCGGAAGAGCCAUUCGUUGAACUCGAUAACACCACUGCUGCAAAAACUCUAGUCACGAUUUUUUCCUCCGGAGUCGAGGUAGACGCUGAUGUUCUCGAUCCACUAGCAAACUUCCGAAACCUGUGCUGGUUUGCUGAAGUGGUCAUGAAACUUGAGACAGAUGCAACGGAGGAAAACACUCUAAAUUCGUCUCGUUUCAGUAAACGCUCUUCCGGGAAGUGCCAGAAGAGGGGGAAGAAGGGCUUCAAACAGGGCAGCGCGAAAACAAGGAAACAGUCCAAGUUAUCAAUGAGCUCGAUCUUGAAGCAGUCCGGUGGUGCUGUAGUGCGGGGCUGGGGAGGGACGAGGAGACGGCAAGGAGGCCGGAGGCGUAGGGAUAGUCGAUUCUUGCCUGUGAUGGUUUGAUUGUUAGGAUAUGUUGCUCGUUGUUGGAAUUAGAUUCUUGACUGGAUGAUAUGUUGAUGUACAUAUACAAAUGAAUUAGUCUUGCUGCUGUCAUUGAUUUGUUCAGUUAAUUGAGAUUAAUUUGUUCUAA